CGCGCAAUGGGUCUUCACCGCGGAGACAAUCUGUACCCAUUGUGGAGUCAAGGAGCAAACUGGAGGCACCUGCCAAAAGCCAAUCGCUCGUCGCACGUGCUAACGUGUCCCCGCGAAGUCACGGAGAAGGCCAAGAUCCGCCAUGAUGGGCACAGGAAAAUCUCGCAAGCCUUCUUGGGUGACUGAGUACGUGGGUGUCAACUUCGAGAAAGUACCCAACAAGCCAGCGGAUGCCUUCGCUCCACCAGCCGCCGUCGACACUGAGCCUCCGGACCUCAAGCGCCCGGCUGGUUCGGCGAGACGACCGCUCUACCUUGCAGUGUUCGCUGCCUACUUGGGGACCAUGGCUUUCGGCUUCGCCAUCACCUACUCCUCGCCGGCGUUGCCCGACCUCCGGCGUAAGAUGAACUUCACCGUCGAGGACAGCGCCUGGUUCGGCUCGCUCGUCAAAUGCGGCUCCAUUUUCGGCGGCCUGCUCGGAGGGAACCUUGUGAACGUGAUCGGUCGUCGGGCGACUCUCUUCGUCUCUUGCGGCUGGUUCCUGGCUGGCUGGCUGUGCAUCAUCUUCGCCCAAUCAAUCCCCCUGUUGUUUUCCGGACGAGCCCUGACAGGUGUUGCUGUCGGCAUCGUGGCUCCUGCGGUGCCCGUAUUCAUAUCCGAGAUCUGCCCGUCGCACAUUCGUGGUCUACUCAACACUGGCAGCAAUGUUUCCCUCUUCUGCGGCAUUCUGGCCACUUACGUCCUGGGGAAGUAUCUCGCUUACCAGCACCUCGCCAUUGCGCUCAUGGCACCAACUGUCUUCAUGAGCGUCCUGUUGUUCUGGACGAAGGAGUCUCCCCGCUGGCUACUUCAGAAAGGCCACCGUAAGGCGGCGCUGGAGUCAGCCCUGUUCUACUACGGACCAGAGGGCAAGAAAGAGCUAGCUGUCAUCGAAGAAAGCCUUUGCGGAAUCGAACAAUUCCGCUUGCGGGACCUAGCUGUACCGCACAUCUACAGGCCAUUCUUGUGCAUGCUGUUGGUCAUGUUUGUACAGCAGUCAUCGACUGUGACCGUCCUCGUGGUUUACACCCACGACAUCUUCCGCGAGGCGGGAACGUCGAUUCCGUCGGACGACUGCAGCAUAAUCAUUGGCGUCGUGCAAGUGGUCGUGGUAGCGAUCGCCACAGUACUGACGGAUCGCGUCGGGCGCAAGAUCCUGCUCUUGGUCUCCACUUUCGCAACGAGCAUGUGCUUGUUCCUGUUCGGAUACUCUUUUUACCUCAAGCAGCACAGCCCGGAGACAUUCGCCAACUCAUACACUUGGCUUCCGAUUGCAUCCGUGGGGCUGAUCUUUGUGGCAUUCAACAUCGGCAUGGGUCACCUUCCGUGGGUGCUUCUCGGAGAGAUGCUGCCGCUGCGCGUGAAGGGAUUUGCCACGGGAUUCUGCACAGCAUUCGCCUUCGGCUACUCGUUUCUUCUCAUCAAAGAGUUUUACACACUUCAGCUAUUUCUGGGGGUAGCAGGUUCCUACUGGCUAUUCGGUACUUUGCUUCUCGUGGGCUGCGUUCUCUUCUGGAUCUUUCUUCCAGAAACGAAGAGAAAGACGCUAGAAGAAAUUGAGCAGCUUUUCGGAAAGCGAGCGGUUGACUUCGCCAGCGAAGCGGCGAUCAGCAAAAGCAAUCGUGUGGAUCAUUCAUGACCUUUUCACAUUUAAGUGGCAUUUUACUACGCAUUCCUGUUGCUGUGCACGAGCCUGAAGGUUCAUCAGCUUCAAUGUCUCAAACAAGUCAUCUGCAACAGGGGACAUUCCAUACUAAUACUUGACCGCUAUACGACAUCAUGUUUACGGAAAGAGGUGUAGCAGCAUUUGAUGAGGGGAAAGUGGGUUCAUAUUUAAAGACAAUGCGUAGCCUGUAACGAAAAGACACAAGGAAGACGACGAGAUGCACGAUACACUCGCGACUUGUUUAUUGAAGAGAAAAAGGUACGAAAUAGGUAUAGAACACUCAUGCGCCUACGUAAUGGUGGUCUCGGGGGUAAUAUGGUUUGACAUCCAAAACAUUUAUUUAAGCACAUACUAACAAUAUGGAUCAACAGAUCCAAGAUGCUAUUUCGAUCAUGCUUGCUCUAUAUCCUGUAGUGUGCUCUCGCGCAGCCGUGGUUCUCACAUGCGCAUCUUUCACGUGCAUUAAAUCAUAAACUAACAUUGGCUCCCAUUGGUCAGCUCACUUUCACAGACUGUGACACAUGCAUCAGUAAAUAACGACAACAUUUACCUGCAGGAGGCAAGGACUAAAGGCAAGAAAGCCUCACCAGGUCUUGGCCCCCUGGUAUACGACACCACGCGAAUUGCUCGAAAUAUAUCACAUAAAGGAACAAGAUGCUGCCUGUAUCAGGGAAGCGUCCGUAUUGCAAUGUUUGGUUGAAAGCAAUAUCUUGAGCGACGAACUAUGAAACCCGCUAGGUUUGAUAAAAGUACACAGAGGUUGGCGCAUGCCUGUGCUGUACAUAUGCAUUGCCUUGUUCUUCUGACAAAUAAGUUAGCUAGUCGGGAGUAUAUCUUACGUCCCAUUGCCUAUCUUGUGUUAGUAUGUUUUAGGCUGCGUUUUUUCAUGAUCUGGCACAGAGAGCCCAGGCAUUCGCUUGAGGAUCAAGCUACUGCUUGUGCCUGGUAUUGUAUGAAAAUGGUAAGAGCUGGUCAUUCUUCUCAGCUGCAUCACUUAUAUGUUUGAUGUUAUUAUUUGAAGGGUUAUACUUGUACCACAUUUAAGUCCCCCCCC